ACAUAUCUACCUUUUUCCUCUCCGACCCCGGCGAGGCUUUUUUCUACCUAAAAUACCGUAUCUUGCAAUCAUGGCUGUCGGUAAAAAUAAAGGGCUUUCCAAGGGUGGAAAGAAAGGGCUCAAGAAGAAGAUCGUUGACCCAUUCACCCGAAAGGACUGGUAUGAUGUCAAGGCCCCAUCGGUCUUCACUGUCCGUCAAGUAGGAAAGACCCUGGUGAACAGAACCCAAGGAACAAAAAUCGCUUCCGAGGGCCUUAAACACCGUGUCUUCGAAGUUUCACUGGCAGAUUUGCAGAGUGACAAUGAUGCUGAAAGAUCUUUCCGCAAGUUCAAACUUAUUGCCGAAGAUGUGCAAGGACGCAAUCUCCUUACCAACUUCCACGGCAUGGAUCUCACCACUGAUAAGUUGAAAUCAAUGGUCAAGAAAUGGCAGACUCUUAUCGAGGCUGUUGUAGAUGUCAAGACUACUGAUGGAUACAGCUUGAGAAUCUUUUGCAUUGGUUUCACAAACAAGGACCCACAGUCUUCCAGAAAGACUUGUUAUGCCCAGCACUCACAAGUUCGCAGCAUCCGAAGAAAGAUGGUUGACAUCAUCACUGAGGAUGUGACCAAGAGCGACCUUAAAGGUGUUGUCAGCAAGCUCUUGCCUGAUGCCAUUGCCAAGGAUAUUGAGAAGGCUUGCCAAGGCAUCUACCCCCUGCAUGAUGUCUACAUCCGCAAGGUCAAGGUUCUGAAAAAGCCACGCUUCGAACUUAGCAAGUUGCUCGAGCUCCACGGUGACGGUGGCAGCAGCAAGGGAGGAGAGACUGGCGAAGCCGGUACCAAAGUCGACAGACCAGAGGGUUAUGAACCACCAGUACAGGAGUCCGUUUAGGUGAAUUACCUAGGCAUUCAAACGCAAACAUGCAAAAAUGUAUUAUAACUACAUGAAUUAUAAUUCAAUCAGUUGAUGUGAAUUGUAACAUGGAUUAUAAUCUAAUUUUUACAAUAAAACAUCUUGUUAGUAAAAAAUAA